AUGGCCGAUCUUUUCACCACUAUCACGACCCCCUCGGUCAAAUAUGAGCAGCCGCUCGGCCUCUUCAUCAACAACGAGUUCGUGAAGGCCAAGAGUGGUCGGACUUUCGAGACCAUUAACCCCACCGAUGAGAAGCCUAUCGUGUCGGUCCAGGAGGCCGACGAGGCCGAUGUCGACGCUGCCGUCGACGCGGCCCACGCAGCCUUUGAAGGAGCUUGGAGACAGGUGACCCCCUCGGAGCGUGGCCGCCUGCUCACCAAGCUGGCCGAUCUUCUGGAGCGUGACAGUGACACUCUAGCUGCCAUUGAAGCCCUUGACAAUGGCAAGGCUUUCACCAUGGCUAAGGUCGAUGUCGCCAACGCCGCCGGCUGCCUUCGCUACUAUGGUGGCUGGGCUGACAAGAUUCACGGCCAGACCAUUGAUACUAACCCCGAAUCUCUUACCUAUACCCGCCACGAGCCCAUCGGUGUUUGCGGUCAGAUUAUCCCCUGGAACUUCCCCCUUCUGAUGUGGUCCUGGAAGAUUGGACCUGCCAUCGCUGCGGGUAAUGUCGUCGUGCUGAAGACAGCUGAACAGACCCCCCUGUCUGGCCUCUACGCCGCCAAGCUGGUUAAGGAAGCUGGCUUCCCCCCUGGUGUUAUUAACAUCAUCUCUGGCUUUGGCCGUGUCGCUGGUGCUGCCAUUUCCAGCCACAUGAAGAUCGACAAGGUCGCCUUCACUGGUUCAACUGUUGUCGGCCGUAUGAUCCUCCAGGCUGCCGCCAAGAGUAACCUGAAGAAGGUUACUCUCGAACUGGGUGGCAAGUCCCCCAACAUCGUCUUUGACGAUGCAGAUAUCGACAAUGCCAUCUCUUGGUCCAACUUUGGUAUCUUCUUCAACCACGGCCAGUGCUGCUGUGCCGGCUCUCGUAUCCUUGUUCAGGAGGGCAUCCACGACAAGUUUGUUGCCCGUUUCAAGGAGCGCGCCGCUCAGAACAAGCUUGGCAACCCCUUUGAGGCCAACACCUUCCAGGGUCCCCAGGUCUCUCAGCUGCAGUUUGACCGUAUCAUGGAGUACAUUAACCACGGCAAGAACGAAGGUGCUACCGUUAUUACGGGUGGUGACCGUCACGGAAGCGAGGGCUACUUCAUCCAGCCCACCGUAUUCACUGAUGUCCAUGAGAACAUGAAGAUUGCGCAGGAGGAGAUAUUCGGCCCCGUUGUCACCAUACAGAAGUUCAAGGAUGAGGCGGAGGCUAUCAAGAUUGGUAACGGUACCGCUUAUGGUCUCGCUGCCGCCGUUCACACUAAGAAUGUGAACACUGCUAUCCGUGUCUCUAACGCCCUGCGGGCCGGAACCGUCUGGAUCAACAACUACAACAUGAUCAACUACCAGGCUCCCUUCGGUGGCUUCAAGGAGUCCGGUAUUGGCCGUGAAUUGGGCUCCUACGCCCUUGAGAACUACACUCAGGUAAAGACUGUGCACUACCGCCUGGGUGAUGCCCUCUUUGCCUAAAUGAAAUUUAUGAUGACAUAAUGAAAUAUAUUUGACGUUCCGGUCCUGAUGGUGCCUUUUUUUUUGCAACCUUAUUGCCUUCGAACAAUGUAAACAUAGGAUAUAAAUCCACGAGGAAAUUGUGAUGUUUUAAAAUUUUAUAUCUGUAUCGUAGUACUCGGCGCAUAGC